AGCAGGAGAGUACUACUACAUUACACUGUACAUCAACAAAAGAGGAUACUUUGAACUUUUCCAGAAGGAACAUUGCUUCAGUGUCUGCCUGUUUCUCUCUCUCUCUCUGUGAUUGACAUGUAGCAGCUGCCACACUUACAAUCAGCGGGGCUCCCACUUAGUCGGGCACUCAGUAUCUCUGACACUCGGUAUCUCUGAAGUUUCCAUCACUGGAGCGCCGAGAUUCAACGCUGGAGUUAUUCUCUCUCUCUCUGCCUGUGAGUGAGGACGGAGCUGGAAUUAACUCUCAAGGACCCAAAGGAGGAUACACCUUUCAUGACGCACAUUGAUAUAAUAUUUGUUUCAACCUUCAUUGAUGUUUCAUAUGAAUGGACAACUUUUGGAGGGUUACUGGAAAUCCUAUACUAACAUUAAGAGGUCUGGAAGAGCGUAUCAUUAAUCAAUUAUGAUCCUCUUUUCCCUCAGUGUUUUUCUGCAGUGUUGAAGAAAUCCGUGGGGCGAACAGCUCAGUCAAGCUCUCUUUGAACAUCUCGUAUUGGUCAGAGAUUGUUGUGCUAUAAUCUAAACAUAGGGAAAUGGACAGACUGAACUCAUCUGGAUCUUGGAGUUUAAAAAAAAAGUACUCUCGUGAGAUUUGACCAUAUUUCAGUCCUGCGUAAAUAACAUGAUGUUUAUUUAACAACGCACUGCAGGAGAUUUCUAGAGAAUUGAUGUUGUUUUCCACAUUUGCUUUUCUUUGAAACACAUUGUUGGUGUAUGGGAGCUGUGGGCUGAUUAUUUAUUACCAUAAGAGGUGCUGGAUUUCCAGGGCUGGUUCUCUCUCGGGGAGUCUGUCAGGUCUCCUUCAGCAUAUCUGACAGUCUGGCUGUGUGUGAAGGAGGAAGAGUCAUCUGGAGGAAACAACUCUACACCUCAGGCAUUGUGUUUUUAUACCUUUACAAGACUAUAUCUGACCUAACACCUUGGCUUUACUAAAGGCACUCUGAGCACCUGGAGGUAAAACUAUGGGGAUUCUGGGAUUCUUCCUCCGCCAGCGGAGCCUCUGGAUGUGUGACGACGGUCUUCAGCAGAUGCACAGACGCAGCAGCAGCCUGGUAGUCCUGAGGGAAAGCCCCGCUACUCUUUGACUCUGACCACCGAGUUGGACUGCUUGACCACUGGGCUGAAGGGAGAGCUGCUACGACUCUCUCCUCUACUCUGCCUCGCCUGAGCGGAGGUCAAGCGAAGAGUUAGACACGCAGACGAGUCUGGAUAAGCCGGGCGAACGAGUGUCAAUGCUCCUACUUAUUCUAAGAUGAAGUUAUGGAAGUGCGCCGCCAUCGCCUUGACUCUCUGUGGAGCAGCACUGUCCCUCUUCCUCACUCGAAUCAUGGUUCCCACGCCGCCGCAUCACAUCCCCUCCUGGUUACACACGUCUUCGUCUCGGACGUCCUUGUCCUCCAACUCCUCCCUGAUCGGCGGCCGUCAUCGCAAAGCGCGGUCGGUGGAAGGCGUUGGCAACAUUUUGACAGAAUUCAUGCACAUGUUCCAGAGCUUCACAGAGGGGGAGUUGAAGCAGAUGAUCGGGACUCUGGUGGAGAAGAAGGCACGGCAGGAGGCCAGGCAGGAGGCCAGGCAGAGCAAAAGGACUAAACGGGCAAAGAAAGCAUCAAAGCCAUGUUCCCUGCGGGAGGUGGAAGUGACUGUCAGUGAGCUGGGUCUGGGCUACCACAGUGAUGAAACGCUGCUCUUCAGGUACUGCAGCGGGAACUGUAAAGCUAGCCGACGCAACUACGACGUCAUACUGAAGAAAUGGACGAGGAAAGGCAUCUCGAAGAGGGAGAGGAGCCCGUGCUGCCGGCCCAAGGAGUACGAUGACAUUUCCUUCCUGGACAACAAUAACAGAUACAAGACGCUCCAUAACUUUUCUGCUCUGGCCUGUGGCUGUGUAUAACGCCUCUAUAGCCAUUUUGAUUUCCCAGAUACUGUGUCGAACAUGGGAAACGCAACAACUACUGCUACAAAAUCAAAAACAGGAGUACACAAGAAUCGAUCCCUACAGUACAAUGCCAGGGAAUACGGACAUUUAAACUACUACUAUUUAAGACGGUUAAUUUUGUGUUUGUUUUUAAAAGACAUCAGCAAACGUCUGUUUUGCUUUCCUUGCCUUUCAUGGGAUACUUCUCUGUCGGUUGUGAGGGUAAUAUAUUAUAUGACCUAUGUGUCAUCAUGGGGCAAUAACAGUUACUGCAAUGAUUUGCUGCUUGAUUGUGGACUAUAGAGAAAUGGAUCCAUUACCUACAUGUAUACAAAAUACCAGCUGAGGUAUAACUAGUGCAUGCUCUAUUGCCAGUCUGGUCUGAUACCACACUUGUACAUUUUUUUUCAGAAACGAGUUUGUAGGAGUGUGUUCAUGGAAAAUACUAGAAUAAGCUAGCGAAUGCAAUAUGAAGCUUCCACAGUAGGCUUCCCCACAACGUCUUGAUCUGCACCAUUAAUAAGGCACGAGAUAUCACUAAGGCAAGUCCAAUGGAGCAGCAACAACAGUACAGGAGACUAGGAAAGACGAGAGGGCCUGGAGAAACAUGGCUUCGCACAAUAUAUUGUGUGUCAUUCCUCCAUAUCACCGGUAAUGAACUAAAUAAUGAAAUCUCCAGCCUUUAUCAGUAACCAUGAAAAUCUACCUCAUUUAUGUCGAACAAUAAUGGAAAACACCCAGUAUAAAAGAACCAUUAAAUGUUCUCCUACUGCUUCCUCUGUAUUCAUCGCUAGAAACCGACUGAAAUAAGAUAUUUUAGUAGUAAAUACACUAAUGACUUGUAUUGGCAUAAGAAGUUGCAGGGUAGAAAAACAACCACAGCCAUAUGCUUGUUGCAUGCAUUCUAAAUGGAGCCUGUAUGGGUGAUUUAAUCUUAAUAACAGCAGCUUGUAAAUCAAAUGGAAUGGCUAUGGCUGUAUAAGCCCUUUCCCGGAAAACAGAAAUUCAACAGAAAAACAACAUGCUAUCAGAAAUCCCUAUCCUUCUGCAGCAAGAUCACUAUAAACUCAUCAAAUACAACCUAGAUGGUAGAGUAAUGCAGUCUUGUUUGAUCAUCUCGGCAGAGUGGUGCAUUAACUGGGUGACUGCUGCAUCGUAAACGUGACUGCGAGAGGGAUUGUGCUUCAGUCUUACCCUGAAUUAGCCUCCACAAAUCCAUACCAUUUGUCCAAAUCCCAUAAUAGACUACCCUAAUCCACUUACCUCCUUUUUAACUGACUUGGCCAAAAGCACUGAGCACAAAAUAGAGAAAUGCAAGCCACUCUGCAGCGCUAACAGCUAUUUUUAGUCACUACACGAUUAGGGAACACUGGAGACAUUUUGAAUUAACCACACAUGUGAUGUUACCAUAACAGGUUUGAUAGCCUAAUACGUGUUUCGUUAAACAGUCAUUUUGAAAACAAAAUAGAAAUCAUUCUCUUAGAUUAAUUGUGGCCAAAUAUACUUAGAAUAACCGUAUCGUAAAACACCUUGAACAGGUUCAAGAGCAAGACAAAAAAACUAAAAUGACAUGAGUUCAGAAACAAUCUUUCAUACUCGAAAACUGUAAACAAAUCAUUUUAGACUGAGAGCUGCAUCGAAAUGGUAACUUCAUCCCAAUGAGAUAUUUCACCUGAGCAUCUAUAGUAUAGUGAGAGGUAGAGUAAGGUUUAAGUCUGAAACCAGUGGAGAUACCUCUUAAGUUAAAACCAAUCAUAUAGUUAGAGCAGAAAGUUAAUUAAAGGCCCAUGCUGGCGUUAAGCUAAGAAAACAGGCCUCUCCAGCCCAGGACCAUAAUACCCUCAAGUCUAAAUGUGCUUAAAAACCAAAGUAUUCCUCCCUUUCUAAAUAAUCAGUACACAGACACUUGCUGUCCAGACUAGCUGUAGACUGCCCCUUGCAUGUAGAGAAAUUAGUAUAUCUCUGGCAUGUUACAAUGGUCCACAUUGUUGAGGACGUCUCAAUCAAAUAAUUAAAGGGAUAGUUCACCCAAAUUACAAAAGGACACGCUGGUUUCCUUAUCCUGUAAGCAGUGUGUGGAUAAGGUACAUAUGACAGCACGGCAAUCCAUCCUUUGUUUCCUAAUGUUUCCUAAUGCAAAUGGCACAAAUCCCAUUCAAGUCAUGGGACAAAUAUUAGCAUUUUCCGGGUAUCAUGUUCAAAUCAUCUAAGUGGCUUUGUUGAGCUUCACAGUCAAUUUCAGAUACUUUCGAAUUAUUUGGACAUAAUGCGCAAAAACGGCUUACAUCGGUCCCAUGACUUGAAUGGGAUUUGUGCCACAAAUGCUAAAAUGUUAGCAUUUGGAAACAGGGCCAGGGAAACUAAACCAAAGCAUGGAUUGCUGUCAUACCUUGUCCAUAGACUGCUUACAGGUUAAGGAAACCAAUGUUUAAUUUUGUAAUUUGGGUGAACUAUCCCUUUAAGUCUUUUUUGAAGGACAAAAAUGAUAGGUAAUUUAUUUUUGCCUUUUCAAAUGGAUGACAAUUUAAGAGAAAAGAGCAGCUAGAAAAACAAAUUGCUGUCUUAAUGUUGAUGAUAUAUACUAUAUGUAUUUGUCGUUAUAUAUUUUCAUAACCCUUAUAUUUGCCAUCACGAAUUACUAAGUCUAUUCAGCACUAUAAUACAGUAUAUCUAUGGGUUGAAAUUCCCUCAGGUUUCCUUAGUUUCCUCUCGUUUCCUCCCUUGAACUCCCUCUCAAAAUGGGAGGGAAACGUUUGGGAAAUGACAAACAACACCCUUCAGCUCUGGCAUUGUUGGACUACGUUGACCAACUGCAGUAAAGUUGAUGCAAUGCAUCUGUAUUAUAGAUCAUGUAUAUUUAUUGGAGAGUAAGUUAUGGUUUAUUUAUUUAGAUAGCAUCAUCGAAAAAGAGGAAUAUGUUUAUUUAUUGAACUAUUGGUGCCAAAGUGGACUUUACAUGUAUGAUAUUCUACAUAUUAUGACCGUUGAAUAAACUUAA